AUGGGAUUAUCGAAAACAACAGCGCCUGGAGCCAUACAUCAUGAUGCAGUUUACAUGAAGAAAGGACGGCCAGAUAUCAGACUUCUGAUUUCGGACUGCAUCUCAGGCUGUGGCUCCGAGGAACGGGUGGGCAUCGGUGGAUGCGGCCCGAUAGGGAUGAUUGAUACGUUGAGGCAGGUCGUACGCGAGAGACAGAUAUCUGGCCCCUCGGUCACAUUGCAUACAGAGAACGGUCGAAGAUACCAUGCGUACCGCGAAGGCGAGUAUGCUCUGGUAUGUUCUGUCACCUUGAUACCUGGUGUCUGGUUAGACGGUCUAAUACAUGUCUAUAGCCUAAUUCUCGACGGGGAAAUCCACCUUGCCCCGAUCAAAAACCCACAAAGAGUCUUGGAUAUUGGUACGGGCACAGGAAUCUGGGCUGUCGAUUUUGCAGAUCAAUAUCAGUCCUCAGAAGUUAUAGGCAAUGACCUCAGCCCUAUACAGCCGAGAUGGGUCCCUCCAAACUGCCAAUUUGAAAUCGAUGAUUUUGAAUCGGAAUGGUCGUACGCCCAUCCUUUUGAUUACAUCUAUGGUCGGGAACUUGCUGGAUCUAUACACGACUUCCCUCGUCUAUGCAAGCAAGCGUUCGCUCAUCUGCAUCCCGGUGGAUUCUUCGAGAUACAAAGCUUUACUGUCGAUAUUUUUUCCGAUGACGGUUCGAUCGAGAAAGCACCUUACAUAAAACAGGUCGUCUUCAUAGAUGUAGUUUGCAAGGUUGUGAAAGCGCCUUCAAGUCCGUGGGCCAAGGAUCCGAAGCAAAAGGAGAUUGGCAGAUUUUUCCAGGCUCAUCAAGUCCAUAUUGUUCUGGCACAUACCAAUGUUUUGCUAUCGAAAGUUCUGGGUUGGAGCAAAACGGACAUUGAUAUCUUGAAUAUGCACGUGCUGCGGGAGUCGAAGAAUCUGGAAGUGCACCAGUAUGGGAAACUGUAUCUCAUCUACGGGCGGAAACCACUGUAG